AUGGAUAAGCAAGUGAUUUCCCUUUCUCUUCUAAUUUUCCUCUUCACUGUUUCCAUAGCUGGUGCUGCAUCUACCACAUGCCCCAUGGAUCUCAGCUACGUUGAAACCUUUCCCUGGGACACUUCAUCCUGCAGAGACCCUGUUGAUAGGGAGCACUGUUGCCAAGCUUUGCUCAGUGUAAUUGGCAUAGGGCUAUCCCAACACCUCAAAGACACUUCCUGGUUUCAACUUCCUGAUGAAAACACUUCCUCCAUUUGCCUAUCCAAUUUCCAAACCAAACUCUCAGCCUUGUCAAUGAACUCAUCUUUGGUCCCUUCUUGUUUUCCUAGCGCCUCCCAGUUUGUUACAAACUCUUCCACUUGUGCAGGUAUCAUAACCAUCGAUGACUGGAAGCAAAAAGUGGGUAUGAUUAGCCCUUUAGACACUUCUUGCAAUGGGGAUCUCAGUGAUCAAACUCGUUGCAGCAUUUGUUCUGAUGCUGGUCUCAAAGUGACUUCCCAACUCAACAGUUUGGACCCAAAUGCCACGAAGUGCUUUUACUUCACAGUUUUGUAUGCCACAGCUAUUGUUAAUCAGUUUGGUCCGACAAAUUUGGGCACGGCUGGUUGCAUUCUAGGUAUGCCACUGUCUGUAAAAGAUUCAUCGAAUAAGAAACAAGAGCUGAAACUUAUUAUUGGGUUGGUGGGUGCUGUUGUUGGUCUUGUGCUUGGUUUUGUGUUGAUUGUGAUAUACAGGAACUGGGAUAAGAGAAGGAAGGAAGAUAUGUAUCACAGGUCGGUUGAAAAUGGUGUCAGGAACAGUGUUUUGCCUAAUACUGGUGCCAAAUGGUUUCACAUAUCGGAGCUUGAGCGAGCCACAAAUAAAUUUUCUCAGAGGAAUAUGGUUGGCCAAGGUGGUGAUGGGGUUGUGUACAAAGGGACUCUUUCGGAUGGUACUGUGGUUGCGGUUAAGGAAAUAUUUGAUUUAGAGACAAAAGGGGAUGAAGAUUUCUGCUAUGAAGUGGAGAUCAUAAGCAAAAUAAAGCACAGGAAUCUUCUUCCUCUUCGGGGCUGUUGCAUUUCAAGUGAUAAUCUGAAAGGUAAGAGGAGGUUUCUGGUUUAUGAUUUCAUGCCUAAUGGCAGCCUCAGUUACCAAUUGUCAGUUGCUGGGGCUAAUAGUCUAACAUGGCCACAAAGAAAGAACAUAAUCCUUGAUGUGGCCAAGGGGCUUGCUUAUUUGCAUUAUGAGAUCAAACCCCCAAUUUAUCACCGUGACAUAAAGGCUACCAACAUACUUUUGGAUUCCAAAAUGAAAGCAAAAGUGUCAGAUUUUGGGUUGGCCAAGCAAGGGAAUGAUGGCCAGUCUCAUCUCACCACAAGGGUUGCUGGCACAUAUGGUUAUUUAGCACCAGAGUACGCUCUUUAUGGGCAACUAACUGAGAAGAGUGAUGUGUACAGUUUUGGCAUUGUGAUUCUUGAGAUCAUGAGUGGAAGAAAAGUGCUUGAUACCAUGAGUUCAUCAGUUGUUUUGAUCACGGAUUGGGCAUGGACACUUGCAAAAUCAGGGAACAUGGAGGAUAUUUUCGACCAGUCAAUAAGAACAGAGGGGCCAGAGAAGAUCAUGGAAAGGUUUGUCCUGGUGGGAAUACUCUGUGCUCAUGCAAUGGUGGCACUAAGGCCAACUAUUGCUGAGGCCCUUAAGAUGUUAGAGGGUGACAUUGACAUACCCCAAUUACCAGACAGGCCAGUGCCACUGGGUCACGAGGCCUUCCAAUCUUCUUUGUUGCAUGGUUUGCAAAGUGGAAGAUCAAACUCAUACUUUUCAUCGUAUCUUUCAACAAGUACAAGGGCAACAUAG